GCUAGCCGCGCGGCUCACAUUCCCGGAGGCGCCUGGCCCAAGGGCUAGACUAGGAGGCUUGCCCGCGCACUCGCGCUCCCCGCUGUCGGAGAGAGGCGGCUCCAGUCGUGACAGCGGCAACAAGGAAGUGGAGGCGAGGGCUCGCGCGCGCAUCCCGGGUACUGGAGGAGCCCCGGCCCCGGGGCCCCCCGGAGACACACGGCGCAGAGUCGCGACCACCCCUCCUGCUCCCCUCCUCGGAGUCGCGAUACGGGGUCGGGAAGGGCAAGUGCAGGAGUUCAAGUUCACUUUGCAGGCUUCUCACCGACGCCUGCCGAGGACCCCGGGGGUCGAGCCCCGGGGAGCCCGAGGAAGAGCGCAAGGACGCAAGUAUCGCCGCGGCACUAGUCUAGAGCUGGCAGCAGCAGCAGCGGCGGCAGCAGCAGCACACCACGGAUCGCCAGGGAGACCCGUCCCGGCGGCCCUCGCGGCGCACCGGAAGUGGCCGGCGGCGCGUGACUGCGUGAAAUCGCUCGCGCAAGCGCAACAGUCUAGCCCUAGCUGGGAAGUGGAUCCAAAGGAAUCGUUUAGAGGUUUUGAGUGGGGCUGUUAAGACUGACGGACUGCUUCCGGCCAAAGGUCCCGGGCAAAGGAGGAAGGUGUGGCUGCCGGCUGUGGAAGUGCCCGGCCGUUUAGCCCCGGGGCACUGCAGUGGGGCGUUCAGUUUUCCACACUUGUGGCAAAACAAGCUUCAAGAAAGAACAUUGGCAUUCCUGUUAGUUGUGGCCCAGUCCUCAUCACCUGGAAAUGGCAAACAAGGGGAACAAGAAGCGUCGGCAGUUCUCCCUGGAGGAGAAAAUGAAAGUUGUACAAGCUGUUGACUCAGGCAAAAGAAAAGGUGAUGUGGCAAAAGAAUUUGGUAUCACUCCUUCUACAUUAUCUACAUUCUUAAAGGAUAGAGCCAAAUUUGAAGAAAAAGUGCGAAAAGCAUCUGUGGGGCCCCAAAGGAAAAGGAUGAGAAAUGCUCUCUAUGAUGACAUCGAUAAGGCUGUUUUUGCUUGGUUUCAAGAAAUCCAUGCCAAAAACAUUCUCGUGACUGGUUCUGUGAUUCGGAAAAAAGCACUAAACUUGGCCAACAUGCUUGGCUAUGACAAUUUUCAAGCAAGUGUGGGUUGGCUGAACAGAUUUAGAGAUCGCCAUGGAAUUGCUUUGAACGCUGUCUGUAGAGAGGAUGGUGACAGGUUAAUGAAUGGUCUAGGAAUAGAUAAAGUUAACGAGUGGCAUGCAGGGGAAAUUAUAAAGCUAAUUGCUGACUACAGCCCAGAUGAUAUAUUCAAUGCUGAUGAGGCAGGAGUGUUUUUCCAGUUGCUUCCCCAGCACACACUUGCUGCUAAAGGAGACCAUUGUAGAGGGGGCAAGAAAGCAAAGCAGCGGUUGACAGCACUCUUUUGUUGCAAUGCCUCAGGGACUGAAAAAAUGAGACCAUUGAUUGUUGGUAGGUCACCCAGCCCACACUGCUUCAAGAAUGUCCAUUCCCUGCCUUGUGAUUACCGAGCCAACCAGUGGGCAUUGAUGACGCAGGACCUGUUUAAUGAGUGGCUGAUGCAAGUGGAUGCCAGGAUGAAGAGGGCAGAACGCCGGAUCCUCCUGCUUAUUGACAACUGUUCUGCUCACAACAUGCUUCCACGCUUAGAAAGGAUUCAGGUGGGAUAUCUGCCCUCAAAUUGUACUGCUGUCCUGCAGCCACUGAAUCUUGGCAUAAUUCACACCAUGAAAAUGCUAUAUAGGAGUCAUCUUCUAAAACAGAUCCUCUUCAAGCUCAGUGGCAAUAAAGAUCAAGAAAAAGUGGACAUCAAGCAGGCCAUUGACAUGAUUGCUGCAGCAUGGUGGUCAGUCAAGCAGUCCACAGUGGUGAAAUGUUGGCAGAAAGCAGGCAUCAUCCCUAUGGAAUUUACAGAUUCUGAUGCAGAAAUGGUAGCCAAAGAACCAGACAUUGCUAUUGAAAAGUUGUGGCACUCAGUGGCUGUUGCCACAUGUGUCCCAAAUGAAGUAAAUUUCCAGGACUUUGUCACUGCAGAUGAUAAUCUCAUCAUCUCUCAAGAGCUAGUGGACACAGAGAUCAUCCAGGGUAUGGUGACUGGCAAAAAUACUGCUGAAGCUGGAAGUGAAGAUGAGGAAGAGGAUGUUUCUUUACCAGAGCAGCCAAAAAUCACUAUCACAGAAGCCGUCUCAAGUGUACAGAAACUUAGACAGUUCCUUUCCACUUGUGCAGGGGUUCCUGAUGCUGUUUUUGGACAACUAAAUGGAAUAGAUGAAUAUUUAAUGAAAAAAGUGACACAAAGUCUUACUGAUUCCCAAAUUACAGAUUUUCUCCAAGCAAAAUAAUGUAGGAAUUAACUGCCUCUUUUACUUUGGAAAAUAUUUUUCAAGAAUAAAGAUUUCUUUAGAUA